AUGCAUCUCAUACCAAAGCAUUGGUAUCGCCGCAUACGUCUUCCUAGCUUUCUCGAAGCUCCGAUGCUGUCUCGGGCUAACAGUGAUGCUGCUCUACGCCUACGUAGGGCCAAAUCAUCUUCGAGCAGCCAUAGGCCCUUCGAGCCAUCGAUAUCGAAUGAGCCCAAGUAUGCAGAAGUCGCAGCUGUAGAAGCCUACACACGCGCAUACCGUCACUCUCAAGGAGACCGACCUCAACGUCGUCGCUCUCGUCGCUCUGAGGGCAGCCAUUUUGAUGACAACCGACGCAAAUCUACCCAGAAGCCUGAGCGUCUCGAACGUCCUCGUCUUCUCCCUGGACCUGCGACUGCUCCUGCAACUAUACCUGUGCGUCCAGCAAACCGGCAGUCUCUCUUACCGGAUACACCCUAUCGCUUUGCUCUUGAGGCUUCCAACGACCCUACAGUUACCUUGACGGAUGUGUCAGAGUCACAACUUAGCACUACCUCCAGACGACAGACUCGUGACCUGCAGACAGAUGACGAGAUCAAGACUGCUGCUUGGGAUGCCUAUCUGCAAGGCUUUCACAAAAAGGAGGUUCGCGCGAGAAAGUCUUUCGCCGCUCCCUUAAGAAAACGCUUCUCCAAAUCGCCGACUCCAGCACCAUCCAUUCAGUUUGACACGUCUGUACCACCCUACAAUUUCGUCGAAGAAUCCAACAAUAUCUUCUCUACUGCUCUGCCCAUCGAGGUCAAGUCCGAGGACAAGUCGGCAGCUCCUGCAAAGCUCAAGAAAGGACGGACUGUCUCGGACUCGCUGAAAGGCAGAUUCAAGAAGCUGCUCUCGAGACCCAAGCGAGUCCAGUCACAAUUUCCUGCUCAGCAUGUAGAAGCCAGGAAUCUGCAUUUCGAUGUGUACAAGACGAAUGAUGACAGCUUCUCGGCUGGACCCGACGUUGGAGUCUCUCUGCCCAGGUCACCAUUCUCCUCCCUAGGUGCCUCUUCCAGUACACAAUCACGAAUCACGAGUUGGUCCAACUCGACUGUCUCACGUCAUGGAAAACGCCUUCCCUCGAUUGAGGAGACUACAGCCACACCAGCUCUUGUCUAUACUACACAGGAACCAUCGACAGGCUCUUUCUUGGGUCGAGCGUUGCGUCUUCCACUUCGCCGACCUAGCCAAUCCAACCUCCAACGUAAGUCAGAGGACAGUAAGCGCCUGUAUGAUGCACUACAGGAACGUAUCAAUGGCCCUGAUAUGCCGACCAUUGUCGUCGAGGAUGUCAAACCUGACAUGCCUGCUGUCUUGUUUAACGACUCUCCACCGCUAUCGCCAGCCUCCGAGACGAUCCGGAUCGUCGCCCCAGAACCUGCUGUUCCCGAAUCUCCUACGCGUCCAGCUCCCAACCCACCUCAUCAAAUCGCCCGGAAGUCGUCGUGGUGGAGCAUCGCGCCAAGCAUCCGUUCGAAGAAGCGCCGCCAAGCAGGUCCGAUUGCGCCGUCAGAUGAGCAGAUUGCUUCUCGUGUGGAGAGAUUAGAAAAUCGCUGGCAAGCUGCGUUGGAGGAAGGCUCACCCGUUGUUUCACAAGCCCUCAGUUAUUGCAUCAAGGGAGAUAAUGCAUACGAAUUGCGACCGUUGGAGAACGUCAACAGCUCCAGCUUGCCUGUUACUGUCCGACACGAAUCCUACGACGCUGCUGCACCGACGUUUGGCAACGGUGCGGAUCUUCAUGACAUUCAACAACAGGUCAUUUCGCCCAGUAUAUACUCGAGGUCCAUCACUCCUGAUGCUGUUGGCACUUUUGUUACGAUUACCGGGCGCGAGGUCAAGCGAUAUCCUCUUGAAUCUCCCCCACGACCUGUGAAUGGACCUUCCACCUACGCACCCAAACCAAGUAAUGAGUGGAGAGCCUGGUUCAGCAAAGAAAUCGAAGACUUUACCAUGACACCUGCACCUAUUGGGGAUACUGUUGCGAUCGGACUUGACUACUUCAUGAAUAACAGCAACUCUCACGAUUCAAGCGAAAGCCUGCAACAGAGUUCACCAAUGCUCCAAGCCUCGAAGAGCCGUCCUGAGCUACGUUCUCGAGCUUCAAGCAUCAUGAACGAGAGAUAUCCUUUGAUCGAGACCGGUAGAUCAUCGAGCAGAGCAUCAGGUCGUCGUACCAAUCCUUCGAGCACGUCUUCUGGCCAGAGAUCUGCUUCAGGUUCUGGGACAUCUGUUAUGGAAAGGACUUCUAGCAAAGCAAGUCAGCGGCCUGACGCAGACCGGUCCACGCUGUCUUCAUCAACGCUCCGAGAACGUCAAUCGACAGGCGCGCUUGCACGCGAGAAAUCAAGCCUGGCCACACGUUCUGCGCGACAUGGUCAUGGUCCGGCAGCCAAAGAAAUCGACUCUGCUGGCAGAGAAGAACCUGUCAAGGCACCAAAGUCGGCACUAGACCUGCGCGUGAUGUAUCGGAACAACCGCAGUUUGGAAGCUUCAAGUAUCAACAUUCGACGUAGAGCCGUGGCACCAACCACAUUCGACGACACCUUGCGUCGGAUCUCGGAGGGCCCUUACGCUGCUGACAGCAAAGAGAACAUCUCACCCCCAAGGCCCACUGGCAUGAUUGAUGGCAUAACAAUCCCUCCAUUCUAUACGCCGACGCAGGACACAAAGAAGAGCAAAGGAUCUUCGCCUGGACAGCGAAUGGUGGACGACUUCCUGAACUCGAGGAAAGCACAGAUGGUUGCAAAUUCUCCCCCGGCCUUCAUAUGA